AUGGACGACACAAAGACCGCAAGCGUCACCGACGCGAAGGUGGACGAGCUAUGGGCAACCCUCGACAUGCGCAAGCAGGGGCAGCUGGACCUUGUAGGUCUGAAGAAGGGUCUGCGAAAGCUUGAUCACCCUCUUAAGAAUGCGGAUGGGCUCCUUAACGAGGUCAUGAAAGCCGUCGACGCGGACGGCAACGGCCGAAUCACGUAUAAGGAGUUCCGGACCUUUGUCGAAGAAACUGAAAAAGAGCUCCUUGCGCUCUUCCGCGGCAUCGAUAACAACGGCGACGGCAAGCUCUCGAAAGACGAACUUCGCAAUGCACUGCGACGUGCUGGCCUUGCGGUCCCGAACAGCAAGCUCGAUAACUUCUUCUCCGAGGUGGAUACCAACGGAGACGGGCACAUUAGCUUUGAGGAAUGGCGCGACUUCCUUCUAUUCAUACCAGUCAAUGCGCCGAAUCUCCAAGCGGUCAUGUCAUAUUUCAACGCAACACUAAAAGUCAACGCCGAGGGCGACGUCCUCGUGAGCAACGACACCAUACAAGGAUUAGGUACUUCAAAGCGUUUUCUUCAGUUCUUUCUUGGUUCCCUGUUUCUAGUCGCAAAGACGCCGCCAUAUGGUUUUACAUCGGAUCACGUCGUACCAUUAGAAAUGGCCUCCACUCCAAAUUCCGCAAUCUCGCAAGAACUCCCGCCACGUUUCGACGAUGGGGAGAUUGAUUCUCCCAUUAUCGAGUCGCAAGGGGGGCUAAUCAUGAGCUUCGGAACCAUGCUGAUUGCUUGUGUUCCCAAUCCAGGCUACUUCGUGGCGGGAGGCAUUGCAGGCAUUGUAUCUCGCACAUCGACCGCUCCCCUCGACCGAUUGAAAGUAUAUCUUAUCGCGCAAACCGGCGCAAAACAAGAAGUGGUGGCUGCAGCGAAGUCUGGCAACAUCUUGAAGAGCGCCAUACGCACAUGGGAGCCGCUUGCCGUGGCCAUGAAGGAGCUAUGGCAGGCCGGCGGCAUGCGUAGUCUUUAUGCUGGAAACGGCUUGAACGUCAUCAAGGUGAUGCCAGAGUCAGCCAUCAAGUUUGGUGCAUACGAGGCUACAAAGCGCGCCUUUGCCAAACUCGAAGGCCAUAACGACCCAGGAAGUAUCCACUCCUGGUCCAAGUUCGUUGCUGGUGGAGUUGCGGGUAUGGUUUCGCAAUUCGCCAUUUAUCCCAUCGACACCCUCAAAUUCCGGAUGCAAUGUGAAACAGUCGCUGGCGGUCUUCAUGGGAAUCGCCUUAUUUGGGCCACGGCCAAGAAGAUGUGGCAGAGCGGGGGCAUUGUUGCCUGUUACCGCGGAUUACCUAUGGGCCUUUUUGGAAUCUUCCCCUACGCCGCGCUCGACCUCGGUACCUUUGAGUAUCUCAAACGUUACGUCGCGAGGCGCAACGCAAAGAGGCUCGGAUGCCACGAAUCAGAUGCCGAACCAGGAGGCUUCAUGACUGCGGCCAUUGGCGGCUUCUCCGGUGCAUUUGGAGCCAGUGCCGUAUACCCGCUCAACGUGCUGCGGACUCGAUUGCAGAGUCAGGGGACCGUCAUGCACCCCAAGACGUACACCGGAAUCAUGGACGUUACCCGGCAGACGAUACAGGGCGAGGGCGUUCGCGGUCUGUUUAGAGGCCUGACCCCUAACUUGCUCAAGGUUGUCCCAGCCGUGUCCAUCACAUACGUGGUUUACGACAAGUCGAAGAAGGCGUUAGACUUGCCUUGAGGGAUACGACCACAACGCCCACCACACGAUCUUGGAUUCAACGUUGGUCAGCCGCACGGUCUCAGCACACUGGUCACUGAGAGAGUUAUAUCUCGAGGAUGCCAGGAUACCCUCCGGCCCUACCUCACAUCCCACCCAUCCGCCACCUUUCCGACUCUAUUGAUGAAGAGCGUUUUAUUUGCAUAUCCAUACAGAGAUACCCUUCCUGCUCGUGCAGCCUCUUUGAGGCGAGCACUCUUAGUGUUGGUUCCUUUUAGCGACGGCCUAUCCUCUACCUACCAUCGCCAUUGCAUAGAAUGGCGUUCUGGGACCUAUGAUCUUCUUAUUAUGGUGAGAUCGCUUUUGCGACUGACAGGACACAGUGAUGGCUGAGACUGCUGAUCUGUAGUAUCGUAGUGUAUCCUAGUAGUGGCAACGAUAUUUUGCAACUGAAGAACGC